CUCCCUGCAGCCCCCCUGCCCACUCCACUGCCCGGACCAGUCAGCGUGCACUCAGAUAGUCUCCCUGCAGCCCCCCUGCCCACUCCACUGCCCGGACCAGUCAGCGUGCACUCAGAUAGUCUCCCUGCACCCCCCCUAUCCAGUCCACUGCCCGGACCAAUCAGCGUGCACUCAGAUAGUCUCCGUGCAUCCCCCCUGCGCACUCCGCUGCCCGGACCAGUCAGCGUGCACUCAGAUAGUCUCCCUGCAGCCAGACUCGCACGCUUUCCAACCGCCCUGUGCACCAAACACCACGGAGCAAACACCCCCGGAUCACGAACUUCUCUUUCACUUCUCUUGAGAAAUGCUUCUCUGUUCAUUUUUUUUUAUUCCCUGGAAUUUUAGUUAUUUCUCUUUUGCGACCCACUCAAAUUAUUAUUAUUUUUUUUAAAAUUUUAUCUGCUUGAAGGUUGCCUUUCUCAGCUCCACAGCUCCAGUGAAUAUUAUUCUUACUAGAUCUCAUUCUGGAAUGUGUCUUGCGUUCGUUCAGAGUGACCCAGCUAGUCACGCUGUUCCCAUAUCGCUUGAUUAUGAUCGGCUGUUGAAUUCAGGUUGAAACACUCCUUCUUUUCCAAACUGUGCACUUAUUAUAUUAAAAGAGUCCCAUGUGAACGUUCACAGAGCUCUGUGGUUAUUUGGGGGGCUCGGCAACUCUAUGAACUCCCUCCUUCUGCGCGAUCAGUCUCCCGUUUGAACUGCAGUUAUCUUUUAAAAUGUUCUCUCUUUCGUGUGGUGGCGUCUGUUCCAGGGAGUCAUGUCAGGGCCUCGGGACAGGCCUCUGUUGCCCCUGUCGAGUGAUCCCGGGACUGCUCGGCAUUUGAACGCGCUGUGGAAGUACUUGGAGAGGACUGGGCUGCAGCGCUGUGUGGAGGAGCUUUGCGUGGAGACCCUCAGGGGCCCCCAGAGCCCCAGGAACCCCUACCCAGCCUUCAUCAGCAAGGCCAGGGAGCAGGCUGAGAGAUACAGGCUGGCUGAGUCGACCACAGCUGAGAAAUUCCUGUCGGACGUCAGCUUCCAGACCUCCCCCACUUCAGUCAGAUACAUAGCAGGAGCGCUGGGCUGCUCUCACGUCUGGGGCCAUCCCAGCAUUCUCCGCGCCGUCGACCCAGAGCAAAUCAAGCAGUUUGAUUGGCUGGUUGAGGAUGUGACCCCUCCCCUUUCCAGCCUGAAUCACAGCAGCCCAUACACAAUCCAGGUUAUCCCGGCUCUGAGCGGCCCCUGUGUGUUCACGCGCACCCUCUACCCCACCCAGUCCCCCCUGGAGCUACUCCAGAUUUACUUCAUCGCGGGGCCGGACCCCCGGCGCGCCGCGGAGCUGUACGCAGACUGCGUCCGCAGUGAUGUCAUCCGCACCGGCCAGCGAGUACGCCAUCGCCUGCUCAGAGUAAUUGCUCCAACAGAUACAGCAGGAGGAAGCGAGGUGUUCAGCAAGGAGGAGGUGACAGCCCGGGGCGGGGCGUUCGUGUCCAGCGUGCGGAGGGCCCUGGAGACACGCCUCCCCGUGCGAGCGCAGUGUGUGUGGAGGCUGGACCCCCCCGGGACGCGAUUCCAGGAAGGGGCCAAGCUGUACAGCCUGAGUGUCAUCCAGACGGCAGAGCGCUUCGGAGAGGAACGUGUGGUGGAUUUCUCUCCAUGCCCCCUGAUCCACCUCUCCUCCAGCGUUUUCUUGCGCCGCGCCCACGCUGAGGCCUACGUGGGGAUAUUCCUGCCGAGGGAGUCUGACACAAGACAAGGACCACCAGCACAGGGGGGCGGUGUGGGGGUGAAAGGCAGCCCCCUCUCUUCAGAUUGGGAUGUUGUGCUGGCUCCCAUACGAGAGGCCCUGCUUCGGAAGAUCGCAUCCCUGAGCCCCAGCCAGGAGCCCUUCAAGACGGCCCACCUCUGCGCCCUGCUGCUUCUACUGGAGCCGGGAGAGCCCAGGACCGGGGAGCGGCCGCUGCUGCAGAUCUACAGAUUCCUCCAAGGCUCGGCUGCUCGGCUGGGAUCUCUCCGCAGUCUCACCCACACCGUGAGCACCGUGCUGCAGGCAGGGAGGAGGGAGGGCGUCGAUAGAGAGAUGUGCUGCUCGCUGCUGGAGAGAGUGAGGGCCCUGAUGCUGGAUUUCCUGGGCGAUGAGGAGAGCUCCUCUCGGGAUUCCCUCGUCCUCAGUGACAUCAUGAAGCGAUCGCUGGAGUCCGUGUGUGACCGCCUGACCCAGUCACCUGACAGCGGAGAACCGCGGGACCUGAGAAGAUGGUGUUCGUACAGCAGUGUGCUGGAGGCUCGGUUAGUGUCGGACUCCCUCCCCUGGGUUCCUGUCAUCAGAGAUAUUAAACAGCUGGCGAUCCAGACAGCAGGCAGUCCGAAGCAGGGACACGAGCAGGAGGAGAAGCAGGAGACUGAGAGAAGGAAUCAGGAGCUGUGUGCCCAGGAUCUUCUGUAUAAUGAAGAGUGCUGUAUAAACCUGUCAGAGAGAGGGACUGGGCCUGCACAGCACGCAGCACUAACACAGUACCUGGUGGAUUGUAAAGUGGACCAGCAUUGGCACAGCUGUCUGCAGGAGAUCUUCUCCUCCUGCCCCCUCCCCUCAAACCCCUACCCCACAGUGGUGAAUGAGUUCAGGAGGGCAGCGCUAAGGAUGGAGCUGUGGGGGGAGUCUGACUCUGAGAUCCUGCAGCGAACCCUGCCUGGGACCCCAGCACUGUCACAACAGGAUCCCCUGUUUGACUGCGGCCUCCGGAGUGCCCUGCGAGCAGCACACCCCACACUGCUUCACUCCGCUCUGCGCAGGACAGCACCCCUGAGCAGCAGCACCCCCAGAGCGGGGGCCUUCAAGGUGAGGAUGGCCCUGGCCACACAGACCCCCUCCUCCUGGCUGGGCACGCUCAGUCCCUUCCUCUGCUCCCUCCAAGUGACCGAGUUCUGCUACAUCACAGCGCCCCCCGGUUGCCUGUCCGAGGUACUGCAGGCCUACGCCAGCAUCGUGCACUCCCAGUUAGGCGAGCUGGGGAAGAGAGAGGACCUCACGCCCUUCUCUGUGCACCUGGGCCGGGGAGAGGUGUGGGGGCAGGAGCAGGUGCAGCGCUUCCCCUGCGCCUUCACCGAGCGCGUCAUACAGGACCUGAGGGCUGGGUGUGCUCUCCGCAUUGAGGUGUUCCAGAACCCCUCCCAGUUAGAGUGGCGUUUCGUCCCCCUUGUGAAGCACUUGGUCCUGUAUUACAUCCAGGAGGGGCAGGGAGGCUGGCUGUGCUUCCCCAGACACGAUCCCAUCAGCAUCUAUCAGGCAGUGUUUCAAACCAGGGACCAGGCAGCUUUUCACAGGCAGACAGUGGGGCCGGCGGGCGACCCUUUCAGCUGUGCAAACCUACAGGAAGUGAUGUCAGCGCUGGAGCCCCAGAUUGGAGACAGCUUCCAGAAGGGAGACCUGCUGCAGACAUACAGGCUGAUUGCUCUGCGAUCCCUGAUUACCGGAGAGGAGCGCUGCCUCCCUGCAUGUUGGAGAAUGAUGCACAGUGUGUCGGCACAAUUGGAAUACCUGAACACUGUCAACCAAGCAUUGCAGGAUAUUUUGCAGCUCAAUGGAGAAGCAGAAGAGACAGCGAGCGGGCCAGAGAGCAGAGAGAGGAGACAGGCUGGGAUGCAGGACCAAGCGUCUAUAGGGGCCGUGCUGUCUGGUUACCAGGAUCUUGUGAAGAGAACGCUGCAGCACCCCAGCUCUCUGUCGCCGCCCGGUCUGUGGGAGAGGGUACUGCAGCGCUGCCCUGCCGGCUCAGCUUGGCUCCAGCACGUCUCUGCAGCCUGCCAGUGCCUGUCAGACAGCGUGGCCUGGGAGCUUCACUCGCUGUGCCCCGAGAUCGCCGCUCUGCUGGCCAGCCUGGGCAAGGACAGAGUGCGAGAGAGGCUCCACUCUGCAGCGCCACCCCCUCCUGGAGAGGAGGUCAGCCCCAGACACGCUGAGCUGAGCGGAGACACAAGGACACACCCCACUGCACAGCAAGCACUGGACAACUGGUGACAGCCAUUCCAACUGCAAGCAAGCAGGCCAGCUUUCUGUGCAACCAAAACGCUCCACGAAAGAAAGACCGGACAGCGGCAAGCAAUAACCCAGCUAAUAAGACAGCCCAUUGGGAAUUAGCACACCACUGUACCGGAAUACACAUCCCACUACUAUCCUCCCCCAUCUUCUCCUCCUACUGUUUGCAUGUUAUCGAACUCUUGCAUUGACUUUUGUAAUUCUCUCAUCUUUAUUUGAUGUGAUUUAUUUGCCUCUCUUUUUUCAGUUCUGACUAGCCCCGCCCAUGUAUGCAGGCUUCCUGUGCCAAUGGUGGAUAAUCAGGACACACUCACUAUGACGUGACCAUUAAGAGUCCAUUCACACUGUAUCAAUCAGGCAGGCAGUCCACCCCCUGAAUAGCGUGCGCAGCUCAACUCCAACCAGCGUCUGAAAGACCUUGAAUUUCUCAUUAAACUUAAGUUUCUUUCAGUGUUUGUAAACUGCGCGCAAUUCCACUUGCUGCCUAGGUCUGGAAUGAGCAAGCUGCCAUGCUUUAGUCUAUGGAAAUCUCUUCCAUGAGUGAGGCAUGACGGUGCAAUGCUUACUGUGUCCACAAGGUGGGGCUCUAGCACUUCCCUAUUUUUUUUUAAGCAGUGUGAAAUCUGAAAGAUAUUGAAUCAGCUGGCUCUUUGAGCUAAUAUAUAUAUAUAUAUAUUGCUCAAGAGAGCCAACUUCCCAACGUUUUGUUAAGU